AUGAUCGAAGAUACGGCGGCACUCGCUGCGGCCGCAGAGCUCAUCGCCUCUCUCGCCUGCGACCCUGCCUCUACUUCCACGCCAAUAUCAGUAGGGCCAGGCUCCAGCAUCAAGCUACCAGGCCGUGAGAACCCUGCAAAACGGAACCUGGAGAUUGAGCUUGAGAAGCUCGCCCUACGCAUUUCCCAGCUAGAGAGCAGAGCGUCUGUCUCGGCCACGGCCAUCUUCCCAGAGACGCCCAAUGAAGUCAACGACACACUAUUCAACGAUGAGGUUGAAAACGGCGCCCCCCCUGUGGCCCCUCAGCCAAGGUUGUCCCAGGCUCAUCAAGGUAGCUUGGACAGUCCGAUUUUUGUAUCCCGCCAGCUGACCAAGGAAGCGCUGCAAGGACUGCGCGAUCAUGUUGACGACCAGUCCAAGCUCCUAGACAGUCAACGCCAGGAACUCGCUGGCGUCAACGCGCAGUUAUUAGAACAGAAACAGCUCCAGGAACGUGCCCUGGCCAUGCUCGAGCAGGAGCGGGUAGCAACGCUCGAGCGAGAGCUGUGGAAGCACCAGAAAGCCAACGAGGCCUUCCAAAAGGCCCUCCGAGAGAUUGGUGAGAUUGUCACUGCCGUAGCUCGCGGUGACCUGACCAUGAAGGUCCGCAUGAACUCCGUCGAAAUGGACCCCGAAAUCACUACCUUCAAGCGCACCAUCAACGCCAUGAUGGACCAGCUGCAGACCUUUGCCAGUGAAGUGUCUCGUGUCGCCCGCGAGGUCGGAACUGAGGGUUUGCUGGGCGGCCAAGCCCGCAUCGGUGGUGUAGACGGUGUAUGGAAAGAGUUGACAGACAAUGUGCGAGAAAUUGCCUCUGUCACAACGGCCGUCGCUCACGGCGACUUGACGAAGAAGAUUGAGCGACCAGCAAGAGGAGAAAUCUUGCAGCUGCAGCAGACCAUUAAUACCAUGGUGGAUCAACUUCGAACAUUUGCAUCUGAAGUCACGCGCGUAGCAAGAGAUGUCGGAACCGAAGGUAUCUUGGGUGGUCAGGCUGAUGUCGGCGGAGUCAAGGGCAUGUGGAAUGAUCUUACUGUAAACGUCAACGCCAUGGCCAACAACUUGACGACGCAGGUGCGCGACAUUAUUAAGGUCACUACAGCCGUCGCCAAGGGAGACCUCACACAGAAAGUCCAAGCCGAAUGCAGAGGAGAAAUGUUCAAGCUCAAGUCUACCAUCAACUCCAUGGUUGAUCAGCUGCAGCAGUUUGCCCGCGAAGUCACAAAGAUUGCCAGAGAAGUCGGAACUGAGGGUCGCCUUGGUGGCCAAGCCACGGUUCAUGACGUUGAAGGCACAUGGAGAGACCUCACCGAAAACGUCAACGGCAUGGCCAUGAAUCUGACGACACAAGUGCGAGAGAUUGCCAAGGUUACCACGGCUGUCGCCAGAGGUGAUCUUACCAAGAAGAUUGGAGUCGAAGUCAAGGGAGAGAUUUUGGAACUGAAGAACACCAUCAACCAGAUGGUUGACCGCCUGGGCACAUUCGCCGUCGAAGUGAGCAAAGUGGCCCGAGAAGUCGGUACAGAUGGUACGCUUGGUGGCCAGGCCCAGGUGGCUAAUGUUGAGGGCAAGUGGAAAGAUCUAACUGAGAAUGUCAACACCAUGGCGUCGAACCUCACUGUACAGGUGCGAAGUAUUUCGGCUGUCACGCAGGCCAUUGCAAACGGAGACAUGAGUCAGACAAUUGAUGUAGAGGCAAAUGGUGAGAUACAGGUGCUGAAGGAGACCAUCAAUAACAUGGUUUCGCGCUUGUCAAGCUUCUGUUACGAAGUUCAACGAGUUGCCAAGGAUGUCGGUGUCGAUGGCAAGAUGGGAGCCCAAGCCGAUGUAGCUGGAUUGAAUGGACGAUGGAAAGAAAUUACCACUGAUGUCAACACCAUGGCCAGCAACUUGACCACUCAAGUGCGCGCUUUCUCUGAUAUUACAAACUUGGCCACGGACGGCGACUUCACCAAGCUUGUCGACGUGGAGGCUUCCGGCGAGAUGGACGAGCUCAAAAAGAAGAUUAACCAAAUGAUAUCAAAUCUGAGAGACAGUAUCCAGAGAAACACACAGGCCCGAGAGGCUGCCGAAUUGGCCAACAAGACCAAGUCAGAAUUCCUAGCAAACAUGUCCCACGAAAUCCGAACUCCGAUGAACGGUAUCAUUGGAAUGACGCAGCUCACUUUGGAUACCGACUUGACCCAGUACCAGCGAGAAAUGCUAAACAUAGUCAAUGAUCUUGCCAAUAGCCUCUUGACGAUCAUUGACGACAUCUUGGAUCUGUCAAAGAUUGAAGCUAGGAGAAUGGUUAUUGAAGAGAUCCCGUAUACGCUGCGAGGCACAGUCUUCAAUGCUCUGAAGACUCUCGCAGUCAAGGCGAACGAGAAGUUCCUUGAUCUUACCUAUAAGGUAGACAGCUCCGUGCCUGACUACGUCAUCGGAGAUUCGUUCCGUCUGAGACAGAUUAUCCUGAACCUCGUGGGCAAUGCCAUCAAGUUCACCGAGCACGGUGAGGUCAGCUUAACCAUUCAAGAGCAAGAGGAUAAGAGGCAUGUGGCACCCGGAGAAUACGCCAUUGAAUUCAUCGUGGAGGACACUGGAAUUGGCAUUGCUAAGGACAAGCUCAACCUCAUCUUCGACACUUUCCAGCAGGCCGAUGGUUCAAUGACGCGCAAGUUUGGUGGAACAGGUCUCGGCUUGUCCAUUUCCAAGCGAUUUGUCAACCUCAUGGGCGGAGACCUGUGGGUUAACAGCGAGGUUGGCAAGGGCAGCGAAUUCCACUUUACUUGCCGCGUGAAGCUGGCCGACGUGCACGCGGAAAGCGUUCAGCAGCAACUGAAGCCCUACCGCGGUCACCAGGUUCUCUUCGUCGACAAGUCGCAGUCAAACGCGGCCACACACAUUGGAGAAAUGCUGGAAGAGAUCGGGCUUCACCCCGUUGUCGUUAAUUCCGAGAAGAGCUCGGCUCUCACUCGCCUUAAGGAGGGCGGCGCUUUGCCCUAUGAUGCCAUCAUCGUUGACUCAAUUGAUACUGCUAGGAGAUUGAGAGCGGUAGAUGACUUUAAGUACCUCCCUAUUGUCCUGCUAGCUCCCGUGGUUCACGUCAGCUUGAAAUCCUGUCUGGACCUGGGUAUCACGUCUUACAUGACGAUGCCAUGCAAGUUGAUCGACCUGAGCAACGGCAUGAUCCCCGCCUUGGAGAACAGAGCCACACCAUCUCUCGCAGAUGUAACCAAGUCGUUUGAGAUUCUCCUUGCUGAGGAUAACACGGUCAACCAGAAACUGGCUGUGAAGAUUCUCGAAAAAUACCACCAUGUUGUCACUGUUGUGGGCAACGGUUGGGAGGCUGUCGAAGCCGUAAAACAGAAGAAGUUUGAUGUGAUUCUAAUGGAUGUUCAGAUGCCCAUCAUGGGAGGAUUCGAGGCCACCGGCAAGAUCCGUGAAUAUGAACGCGGCAUGGGAACACAUAGAACUCCCAUCAUUGCUCUUACAGCCCACGCCAUGAUGGGUGACCGCGAAAAGUGUAUCCAAGCCCAGAUGGACGAGUAUCUGUCCAAGCCCCUGCAGCAGAACCAGCUCAUCCAGACCAUUCUCAAGUGUGCCACCCUUGGAGGUGCAUUGCUCGAGAAGAAUCGCGAGCGGGAACUGGCAUUACAAGCAGAAGCCAAGGCAUCUGGACGCCUAGAAGGCGAAAGGGGCAUGCUGCGUCCCAGCCUCGAGGGCAGAUCGUUCACCACUAGAGAGCCCAUGACCAAGAACAGGCCAUCACUCACCAAGGCGACCAAGGAAGAGGAUACGUUUUCAAAAGCACGCGAAGAACUUGCUGAUAAACGAAGCCUCUCGAGUUAAAGAGUAUACGACAUUGAUUGGGACGGCAUCAUCAAAGAUGGACGCUGCACUCGGAUUGGUCCGAGAGCGUCUUAUCGAGUUUACGAGUCUGCCGCUCGACAUGAGCUUAUGAGGACCCAUGCUAGUUUUUACAACUUUCCUUGGCUACGUUUGAAAGCUACGUUUACAAUACCUUGCACCCUCUCUAUGUAAACGAGCUCUGGGGGCCACGAAUCUGCAUCACGUCACUGCAGCUUGCAUGAUGCUGCUGGCAGGGGCGGUCCUAUCACUGCAAUUACACAGGAGCUGGUGCAAGUCUCUGUAUUGAUCAUGUCUGAUUUCCAGUACUCUUUUUCUUGUUUGGGCAUUGUGUUCUUUCUUUCAGAGCAUGACUGCUGUUUUGGGAUCUUGUCGAUAUGCUCUCCCCCUCUUCAAUCCUCAACCUGGCGAAUACGGUGUUGAUAUCAUCUUGGACGAGAAAAAAAGACGCAACGGUCUUGUCCUGUUUAUUUGGUUCAGUAUUAACUUCUCUAAUUUUCCUUUGGCUCUCUGUUUUUUUUGGUGUAUUUUCUACCCUCAUGGUAUUUGUUCGUCCUUUGUUCCCUUUAACUUAUAUUUGCUUCCCUUUGCUUUAUAUCGCAUGGACUUUUUUUUUUUUCUUUUCGCAGUAACGGAUAGGGAGGUUCGCUGGCAUAUUGCAAUGGCAAUAGUAGGCAGGACUUUUUUUUUUCUUUUUUAUGGAAUUACGUGGAUGAAAUGGCAUAGCGAAAGAAUCGGUCUUUCUUAUCGUUUCGUGUGGAGGGACGGAUGUGGAUUUUCUUUAGGUUUUUUUUACUCCCCUUCUUCCAUUUUCUUGAAAAUGCAAGCUGCGGGUUUGGACUCUUUCCACAACAAUCGUUGAUGGCAACGAUGUGAAUGAAACUGAAGAUGGUUCCCUUCAAAGGAUGAGGGUAAAUGGACACGGAGGCGGGAUGGUGGAGUGGCCUCUUGAAAUUGGAGAAAUAGGACGCAAACGUGGAUAAGAGAAAGAGAAGAGAUGCUUACCUUU